GGUGACCUUGACUUGAAUCAACAGUGACGCUUCACACCUUCUUGCACACGAGCGACUAUUUUCAGUCGCAGAAUUUAAUACCCUUCUUCAAAUCGAACAACAAGUUUCCUUCCUGUUAGACGACACAACUGCGGCGCUGAGCGACGCAAAUUCGAGAUGAGACUGAGGCAUUUCGCCUGCCUUGCGGGGCUGCUCAGUCUAGCAUCGGGUGAGCUCUAUACACCAAAGCACGAGGCAGGAAGAUGUGCCAUACGGGGAAGCUGUGGCGGAAGUGGAUUUUUCGCUCCUCCUCUACCGUGUCCUGAUAACGGACUUGCAAAGGACCCCGAAGCCGAUGUGAGGAAGCAACUGGUGGACCUCUGCGGGCCAAAGUGGAACUCUGGCUCAGUAUGCUGCGAAGGAUCACAACUCGAUGUCCUGUCGUCCAACCUCCAGAAAGCCCAGCAGUUCAUUUCUGCUUGCCCGGCCUGCAAAGAGAACUUUUACAAUCUAUUCUGCACCUUUACUUGUUCGCCAGACCAAUCUCUCUUCAUAAAUGUAACCCAGGUCGAGGAGAAAAGUGGGAAGUUGGCUGUGGCAGAGCUGGACCAACUUGUCUCGGAUGACUACUGUUCUGGAUUCUACGAUAGCUGUAAAGAUGUGAAGUUUGGUCCUACCAAUACGAAUGCGAUGAGCUUUAUUGGAGGCGGCGCAGAGGACUAUACUGCCUUUCUGGCUUUCCUUGGGAAGAAGAGUGCUUUUGGCUCGCCGUUCCAAAUCAACUUCCCUAGACCAAGCGACUACCCAGAAAGCGGGAUGGGACCAUUAGGUAUGGGAGCCAAGAAGUGCAACGAUGAGGACGAAAGCUUCCGCUGUGCUUGUAUCGAUUGCCCUGCUGUGUGUCCAAAACUCCCAGAGGUUGCCGAGUCCGGUUCUUGCCAUGUCGGAGUCCUCCCUUGCCUGUCAUUCGCUGCGAUUUUGACAUACGGUGUUAUCCUUGGAUUGCUGGUUACCGCUAUUGUUGGCCAUGUGGCUUAUGCGAAGCAUGCUCGCGCAAAGAGUGAACGGCUGCGACUUCUUCAGGAUACGAAUCCAAGUGACGAUGAAGACGAAGGAGAUAUGGUUCACAAUGGAGCCAUGUAUGAUCGCCCACAGAGGAAUUACUGGAUCAACACCGUCUGUGACGGUGCUUUCAGCAGGCUUGGACACGUAUCGGCAAGGUUUCCAGGUAUAACAAUUGGCGUUAGCGUCCUCAUUGUUGGAUUACUUAGUCUAGGGUGGAUCAAUUUCGCCAUCGAGACGGAUCCUGCCAGGCUGUGGGUUAGCCCAACUUCAGAUGCUGCUCAGGAAAAGGCCUUCUUUGAUGAAAGCUUCGGACCAUUCUACCGUGCUGAGCAAGUAUUUUUGGUCAAUGAGACUGUUACGAAUGGCACAAGUCCAGUGCUCAGCUACGAAACUCUUAAGUGGUGGAUCGAAGUUGAAGAUCGCAUCAGUGGUCUGACGGGAAAUAAAACUAGAGCAAUACUCGACGAUGUCUGCUUCAAACCAACCGGCGAAGCUUGCGUUGUUCAGUCAGUUGCUGCAUAUUUUGGAAACGACAUUGAAUCUGUCACUGAAGCCAACUGGGUGAACAGGCUUCGUGGGUGCGUCAAGACUCCUGUUGACUGUCUUCCUGACUUCCAACUUCCCAUUGAGCGAGCCAUGGUCCUCGGAGGAGCCAACGGCUCUAGUGAUCCCGCUGAUUCAUCUGCUAUGAUUGUCACUUGGGUGGUCAACAACUAUGCCGAUGAAGGUUCGCCCGAGCUUCGUAGAGCUAUGGACUGGGAGGAAUCCAUGAAGUCAGAACUGCUACGCGUACAACAGGAAGCCAUCGACCGUGGACUGAGACUGUCGUUCUCUACGGAGAUCAGUUUGGAACAAGAACUUAACAAGUCAACCAAUACUGAUGCGAAGAUUGUUAUUAUCAGCUACAUCAUCAUGUUCUUCUAUGCUUCACUCGCUCUGGGAUCCACGACACUGUCAUUGAAAUCCAUGCUGCGCAACCCAGCAGUCUCACUCGUCGAAUCCAAGUUCACCCUAGGUGUAGUAGGCAUCUUGAUAGUUUUGAUGUCAAUCUCAGCAUCGAUUGGAUUAUUCUCAGCCGCUGGAGUCAAGGUCACUCUCAUUAUCGCAGAAGUUAUCCCUUUCAUCGUAUUAGCUGUUGGUGUGGACAACAUUUUCCUGAUUGUCCACGAGUUCGAGAGAGUGAACAUCAGCCAUCCAGAUGAUGUGGUUGAAUAUAGAAUCGCCAAGGCUUUGGGACGAAUGGGGCCAUCUAUCCUUUUGUCUGCGAUUACCGAGACAAUCGCUUUCUCUCUAGGAGCCUUUGUUGGCAUGCCAGCUGUGCGAAACUUCGCAAUCUACGCCGCCGGUGCAGUGUUUAUCAACGCACUGCUACAGGUAACCAUGUUUGUUUCGGUGCUGACGCUAAAUCAACAGCGAGUCGAAGACCAUCGAGCUGACUGCUUCCCUUGCAUCAAGAUCAAGGGCGCUGGAAUACAGCUUGGCGGUUCGAAUGGAAAUAGCUACCCAAGAGCUUACGAAGGCCAGGACGAAGGAACUCUACAGGCGUUUAUCCGCAAGCACUAUGCUCCCACCCUACUUGGGAAGAAGAUGAAAGUGGCUAUCGUAGUCGUCUUUCUAAGCCUCUUCACAGCAGGAAUUGCCUUGAUGCCCGAGGUCUCUCUUGGCUUGGACCAACGUGUAGCCAUUCCCGACGACUCGUACCUGAUCCCAUACUUCAAUGAUCUUUAUGAUUAUUUCGAGUCAGGUCCUCCAGUUUACUUCGUCACUCGCGAAUUGAACGUUACGCAAAGAGUACACCAGCAGGAACUCUGCGCUCGAUUCACAACUUGUGAGCAAGAAUCACUGACGAACAUCCUCGAGUCGGAGCGAAAGAGACCAGAUGUCUCAUUUAUUGCCGCAUCUACUGCGAGCUGGAUCGAUGAUUAUUUCCGUUGGCUUGAUCCUGCAUCUGAAUCUUGCUGCCUUGAUGGACGAAAGACAUGCUUCGCAGAUCGUGAUCCGGCGUGGAAUAUCACUCUGUCUGGCAUGCCUGAAGGCGAUGAAUUCAUCCACUAUAUCCAGAAGUGGCUCAACUCUCCAACAGACGCAGACUGCGCGCUCGGAGGCCAGGCUUCCUACAGUACCGCUCUCGUUGUUGACGCAGAGCGAGACACAAUACCAGCCAGCCAUUUCCGCACCAGCCAUACACCCCUCCGAAGCCAGGAGGACUUUAUCGCUGCGUAUGCUUCGGCGCGCAGAAUAUCGAAUAGCAUCAAGGAAAGCACUGGUGUCGAAGUGUUCCCCUACAGCGUGUUCUACAUCUUCUUUGAUCAAUACGCUUCUAUCGUUCGACUUACAGCUACUAUCCUGGGGUCAGCCGUAGCUAUGAUCCUUGUGAUCUCGUCUAUUCUCCUCGGGUCUGUCAGGACUGGCGCUGUUGUCACCGCAACAGUGAUCAUGAUUGUCGUCGACAUCAUCGGUACAAUGGCUGUUUUCAACGUGUCAUUGAACGCCGUCAGUCUUGUCAACCUUGUGAUUUGCGUCGGUAUCGGUGUCGAAUUCUGCGCCCACAUUGCACGAGCAUUCAUGUUCCCAUCUCGCGCCGUCAUGGAACGAGCAAAGAAUAAGUUCCGUGGCCGUGAUGCCCGAGCAUGGACCGCACUUGUCAACGUUGGUGGCUCUGUCUUUUCCGGGAUUACAAUAACUAAGCUGCUCGGUGUUUUUGUCCUUGCAUUCACAAGAAGCAAGAUUUUCGAGAUAUAUUACUUCAGGAUCUGGUUGGCGCUGGUCGUCUUUGCCGCUUCACAUGCGUUAAUUUUCUUGCCCGUGGCACUCAGUCUCGUGGGUGGAGAUGGAUACAUUGAUCCAGAGAGUGAUGGUGGUUUGGAGGAAGAUUUGGCAAGUAGACGAUAUAGGGCUAUGUUACCAGAAGAGGAUGAGGAUACGGAUGAUGAAUAUUGAGGGUGGAUUCCCAACAAAUUUGGUACAUAAAUAUCUCUUCAGUAAUAUCACAGCAUAGCGCCAAUGUAUUUUAUUGUCUUUCAUCAACAGUCAUGAUCUCACGCCAGGCAGUGUGAAGUGCACAUCCAUAACAAAGUAACCCUCAAUAAAUGGAGGGAAUGGUGAGACGUUUGAGU